UAAACCCCAAACCUUACACCUAUGUUUUCAUUUCUUCCUCCUUUGGACCUCCUUCAUUCUUAAGCUGCGCCCUCUCUCUCUCUGUCUUCUCCAUUGAAGCGCGUAGUCUGAUAUCUCCAUUGCAGAAGCUUCCGAGCUUUUCCUCCUCCAAUGAAGCAGCUUCUGAGCUUCAGAGGAAGGUUCAAUAACUGGGACAUCCUAAUUAGGAAUAGUCGUAAGUGUAUUUAUCGCAACAUACACAAUACCAAUCACCCUCCUUAUAUUAGUGGUACAUAUGAUGUACUUCAAGCAAGUUGUUUUCAGCAUUGGUUCAAGAAUUGGCAGAAAUUAAGAAAGAACAAGCUUACUGCAAGUACUUUUAGCUCUGCAAUUGGGUUUUGGCCUCGUAGGAGAGUUCAAUUGUGGUUAGAGAAGAUAGGGGCGAUUGAACCCUUUUCUGAUUCUUAAUAAGAAUAACUUGAAUGGUGAUGGUUGGCUUGGUGCCUCUCCUGAUGGGGUUGUUGAAGAAAAUGUUUAUGGUUUGCCAUCGGAGGGAGUGUUGGAGAUUAAGUGCCCCUUUUUUGAUGGUGAUAUUAACAAAGCUUUCCCUUGGAAGCGAAUCCCACUUUAUUGUAUGCCACAGGCACAAGGUCUAAUGGAGAUACUGGAUAGGGAUUGGAUGGAUCUCUAUGUUUGGACCCCAAAUGGAAGCAGUUUGUUUAGGCUGUAUCGAGAUGUUGAAUAUUGGGAUGCUAUAAAGACAGCUUUAGAUGAUUUCUGGUGGAAUCACGUCCAGCCAGCAAAGGAGCUGUACAAUAAGUCUAAGUUCACUGAUCCCUUGACUCAAUUAAGGUCUCUAAAACCAGAGCCCCGACAUGAAUUAUGUAGUUAUAUUGUUUAUGAAAGCAAGCAUCUUGUGGACAAUAAAUCUAUGCUAUUGUGGCGUGAAAUUCAUGGCAAAAUACAAGAUUGUUGAAGUCAGAUAUUGCAUUUUCACUUAUUGAUCAUUGCUAUUGCUUGGAGCCAAUGAUGGCAAGGGAGGUAAGCUUGGCUUCAGAUGGUCUGAUUGCUCCUAUAUAUAUCUCCUUGUCUAUUAUCGUCCAUACUUUGGAAAACCCCAGCAUCAAUGUUCCUCUGAUGGCUAGGCCAUUGCCAGUUUGCCACCUUGUUCUAGGUGCAUCCAACAAUGAGUACGCGAUCACAAAGCAACUAUAUCCGGAUGAACCCAAGUUCUCAUACUGCAUAUCCAGUGACUACGAUACAAUCAACCUUUUAAUAUUUGGUCCUAAAGCAAACCUCAAAGGCCAAGCCAUCAAAAUGCUGAAAAACGCCUUGUAUGAUUUCUAUUACAUUGACGUUCUUGGGAUCAAAUUGAAUGGAGAGCGCUUAGCUGUGACACCAUCAGUUUUCCAGAUGUCGGAUUCCGGGACAAGAGGCUUCAUCAUAGACUCAGGCACCACCCUUACUUUCUUAGCCUUAGAUGCUUUCGAGGCCUUGAAGAAGAAGGUAGAGGAACUACUUGGUCCUCCUACCAAGUACAUGAUUUUCGAGGUUUGUUACGACAGUGGAACGUUUGGAAAAUGGUGGCCAGGGAAGACAAGGCCUAUUAUUGGACUUGAAUUCGAGAAUUCUUUGUUCGAGUUUGAGGAGAGUUUGUUGUGGGAGAAUAUUCCCAACUCCAAUGACUUGGAGUGUUUACAAAUAGUUAGGUCAGAUGUUUUGAUAUCCUUCCUUGGAAGUCAGCUUCUUCUUGAUGUCAAUGUUGGGCAUGAUCCUAACAAUAAUCUCUUGUAUCUACAGAAGACUACAUGCCCUACUCCAUAAUUAGUUUAAUUCUACAGCAACAGGCUAGUAAGUAUACUUCUCUAAGAUUUAAUAACUUUUCUCACAUUAAUUUUUGGGAAAUUUUGGAUUUGGAUCAAUUCAUCUAUUUGGGAAAUUCUUGAAUUUGGA